AUGCUCCAGCUCCCGGCACCAACGCGCCAAAAGAAAAGGCUGCUAAAGCCCGUCUCUGAAGGCGUCAAAGAGGCCCGCUUCAAAAGCAGCGUGACUGACUGGGAUUGCAAAUACCAUAAUCUCAUUGGGACGUCGACUAGGAUGAUUUACUUUGGCUAUGAAUUUGUCCUGACUGAUGACCAUAUCGAUGACACCUUGGUCUUGUCACGUCAAGUUCGUGAAAAGAUCUGGCAAUUCCUUUUCAAUUUCAGCGACGUCAGCUACACUGCAAAGCACGGUGCCAGGGACCUCACCAACGAAGCCGUCAUCCGUCUAGCCAAAGGUCUGCCCAACCUCAGAACCGUCAGUCUCCCCGGCGCAAACAAAGUCGGCGACGCUGGUUUCCUGGCCCUGAUCUCCAACUACCCAGACCUCAGACUCCUCGAGAUCACACCGUCCAGUACCAACUCAUUCGGCUUAACCAUGAUAACCGCGAAAGCUUUGGACGAGUUUUGUGAACUUCCAGAGUGGGCUCCUGGUCUCAAGCAGAUUAUCAUCACCAACGACCAGCACAAUAAGGAGUUUAUGAAGUCUAUGCGUGCGCUGAGCAAGCAGAGGGAGAAGUUGGUGGUCACGCUGCUUCAUCGCAGUGAGGAGAAGAAGUGGGGAGACUUUGAGAUAGCCACGAUUCUGGAGCAUUUUAUGAAGGGUCGCAAGUGUUCACCAGGAAAGACGCCCCGUGGAAUUGCUCAGCGCUACGGUCAGGAUCACUCCAUUCAAGUCUGA